AUGGCCACAGGAUCAGGCAAGUCGGCCCUCUUCACGGCUCCCCUCUUCUGGCUGCGGCCGGCAUCAGUGGUGGUGGUGGUGGUGGUGCCGUUUGUUGCGCUCAUCGAGGAUCUCAUCCACCAAAGCAGAGGGAUUGGCAUUGUGGCCAGCAAGUGGGCAGGCUACCGGUGCUCCGACAAGGUGGAAGGAAGUGCUCUUGUCUUCGUUGCAGCAGAGAACUGCUACUCGGAGCCGUUUGGGCUGUGGAUCCAGAGUCUCCAGCAGCAAGAGCGGCUGGCUGCCCUCUUCUUUGAUGAAUGCCACGUCGCCAUCACACAAGUGCACUUCCGGCCAGUGAUGGACAAGAUCAAGCGGUUGAUGUCAAGUGUGGCGAUGCCUCUAUACUUCCUCACUGCCACGCUGCCACCGUCCAUGGUGACCUCCUUCAAGGAGUCCCUGAUGCUCCCACAAGACGAUGCAGGUCUGAUCCGGGCCGCCACCAACCGCAAGAACGUCUCUUACUUGGUGAAGCAGGUGGCAUCAACAGCACAACUGCCAUUCUGCCUCCAGAGUUUGCUGCGUGCUCAUCCCUGCGGUCCGGUGAUGGUGUUUUGCAAGUCAAAAAGCAAUGCAGAGAUGCUGGCUGGCGACCUUGGCUGCCCCUUUGUGGCAUCCGAGAUCGAGGCUGAGCGCAAGAUGGCCACGCUCCAGGCAUGGCUCACGUGCGCAGCCACCGAGACCGGAGACACGCUACGCUUCAUGGUGGGCACUUCUGCCAUUGGCACCGGCACCCACCCACCUCAUGUUCAGCUUGUGGCUCAAUACGGUGACGCCUGGGACUUGGUCAGUUAUGUCCAAGAGUCCGGCCGGGCGGGUCGAAGCGGUGGUCCAGCCUCUGCGGUGCUGCUGGCAACCCAGCGUGCGCAUGAGGUCACCCUUCAGGAGUACAUCCAGGAGAAGAUGUGCUGGCGCUCGGUCCUUUCCACGUAUCUGGAUGGCAUGCCGGUGACGUGCCUCAGCCAGCCUGAGCUGGCCCUCUGCGAUCUCUGCAAGUGUCACGUUGCUGGACCCUCCACACCGCCUGCAAAGGGGAUUGGCCUGGACUCGCCUCCACCGUCAGAGAAGCGGGACCCGUGCAGCAGGCAGGUGCUUGAUGGUUUCGCCGCAACUGCAUGGACACUGCAGGAGCCAAGUCCAGGCCCAUUGACCUUUGACAACCCGGCCUUCGACCAUGCACUGCUCCCAGAUACUCCGCCCAAGGUGGAUGCCACCAGGAUCAAGGCGUUACUGGAUGGCUUCACCACCAUGUGCACCCUCUGCUAUCUCUUCUGCUGCCAGCACACGUGUCACGGUUCGAAGGGGAUCCACCACCGCUCUCAAGACUGCGAUUGCUGGAAGAUGCUGCCAAGGAACGACGGUGAGCGGAUCAACGGCUCCUACAUUGGCAGGAUCAAGGCACGCAUCCAGAAGGCCAAGAACAUUGCAUGCUUCUCGUGCUUGGUGCCGAUCCGGAUUUGCCACCGCGGCAGCAGCACGGACGGCCAGACGUGGUGUACUCGACGGUAUGCUGAUAUCGUCUUACCGGUUGUUGCUGCUGUCUUACGCAGCGAGGAUCACUAUGCAGAGGUGAUGCAGCGGCUUGGGUGCACCUUCACCAGCGUCAGCCAUGUGGAGCAAACGCUUGGUACGUCGGUCCCAUACUAA